AUGGCCACCACGAGAAAGGACGUCGUCCCGGGGAAGGAGAGGGCCGGCAGGUCCUCUCUGAGCCGUGCAACUAUACAGAACCCUCGACCCAGGCCCACGAGGCCUUCAUCGAGCUCCUCGGAGAAGGACGUCUCCCCUACGUCGCCGAAGAGGACGACGGCUCCGAACUACCUCAAGCCCACCUUCAGCUCGUCCCCGGAGACCUCCAAGACCGCCAGGCCCCCCCAGAAGAGUCUCUCCGUCAAGAAAACUGCCGCCGCCGACGGCAGGGCGCCGCCGCUUCGGUCCUCCUCCUUCAAUGCUCCCCGGCAGGUGAAAACAACUCCUCUCCCCUCAAAGGCCACCUUCUUCUCCGAGCGGACAACCAAGAGGAAGGUGACCUCCUCGGCCCUCAAAAGCGAGAUCCCCAGCGCCGAGGGCAAGACCAGGGACAAGGACUCCCGCCCAUCCUCUGCCAACCCCAGUGCCGCCGGCAGCACGAAGGCGGCGCCGCCGGCAGAUGAGGAGACCCUCUCCUGCGAGGACAAGGAGUCGGCUCUCGACAUCCUCAACCUCGACGUAGAGGAGCACGUCCUCGUGGAGAUAUCGUCGUCGCCGGAGAGGCCGACCCAUUUGGAGGACGCAGAAGAGGUCACCACUGCCAUGAAGGGCGCGGAGGUAGGCCAUGGUGACGAAGAUGAAGGGAAUAAAUCCGGUGACGGUGAGGAGACGACCCGUGAGGAAGAAGAAGCUCCCGGAGAGGAGGUGGAGAAGCUCCACGCAGAGAAAUCUGGGGGAGAGGACGAUGAUAGAGCCACCGAGCACCAGGAGACGGACGGCGGCGAGGACGGUGAACAGGAGAGGAUGAAGCCGACUGUAGAAGACAAAGCCCGAGGGAAGGAGAAGGGGAAUGAGGCGGCGCCGCCUCAAGGGAAGAAGGAGGCGCCGCCGGCGUACAAUGACGUCAUUGAGGAGACGGCGAGCAAGCUGGCGGAGAAGAGGAAGAGCAAAGUGCUGGCCCUUGUGGGAGCCUUCGAGACCGUCAUCUCAUUGGAUUCCGGCGGACAGGCUCAGUGA